GUCCCCGCCUGCGUCGUCUUCCUCAUCGAGUAAUCAUCCAGUGUUCGCACGACAAAUACUUCCUUUCCUAGCUUUCAUAGCAACAAUCCAAAGCAGAGGCAAAGCAAAAAAUGUCGAUGAUUCCAAACAUUUUCGGCGGUCGGCGAAGCAACAUUUUCGAUCCAUUCUCACAGGAACUCUGGGAUCCAUUCGAGGGCUUCCCCUUCAACAACAACAACUCGCUCACUUCCAUCCCCAAUUCUGCUCGUGAAACAUCCGCGGUGGCCAGUGCUCGCAUCGACUGGAAGGAGACCCCUCAGGCUCACGUGUUUCAGGCCGAUCUCCCAGGGCUGAAGAAGGAGGAGGUGAAAGUAGAGGUGGAGGAGGGGAAAGUCCUCCAGAUCAGCGGUGAGAGGAGCAGAGAGCAGGAAGAGAAGACAGAUAAGUGGCACCGCGUGGAGAGGAGCAGCGGAAAGUUCGUGAGGCGAUUCAGGUUGCCUGAGAACACCAAGAUGGAUCAAGUGAAUGCCAGCAUGGAGAACGGUGUGCUCACUGUCACAGUCCCUAAGGAGGAGGUGAAAAGGCCCGAGGUUAAGACCAUCGAGAUCUCCGGUUAGAAGCUUGCUGUUUCUAGUUGAUCUGCUAAUGCUGUUUUUGACGUGGAAUUUGCUUUUAAUCUGUAUGGUUUGAUGGCUCGUUUCGUUUCGUUUUCCCGGUGUUGUAAUUAGGGUUUGUCUUUUAGUGACUGUGUGAGUUUGUUAAAAGAAAUUGAAUAGUUUAAUCUUCCAAAA